UCUUCCACUUGUUCCGCCUCCCGAGAGUGCGGGAACCUCGUAGGUUGGGGAUGCCGGGGCUCUGACCUCCCCUUCCUCCUAGUUGGAGGCAGCAGGGUCUCUGUCCCGCCCGGCCACGUGGAAGCCACCCCAUUCCUCUUGAGCUCGGCCGCCUCCCAGAGGAGUCUCUCUGGAGGCUGGUGCUCGGCUCCCCGAGAUAUUCUCUCCGGGAUGUCGGAGUCGGACUCCGAUCCAGAGUGGGAGUCGGAGUCUGUGUUCCCUCUGGAGGACGGGCUCUUUGCUGAUUCUUACACAGAAGAGACUCAGUUUCACUUCUGCGGUCAUGUGCUGAGCAUCAAACAGAGCUUCGGGGCUCGGCUCGGGGUGGCUGCGCCAGUGUGGGAUGCGGCGCUGAGUCUAUGCAGUUACUUCGAGAGGAAAAACCUCGACUUCCGAGGCAAGAAAGUGAUUGAACUGGGCGCUGGGACUGGCAUCGUGGGCAUUCUGGCAGCUCUGCAAGGGGGAGAUGUCACCAUCACUGACCUACCUCUGGCUCUGGAGCAGAUUCAGGGAAAUGUUCAAGCUAACGUGCCAGUUGGUGGCCGGGCACAGGUCCGACCUUUGGCCUGGGGGCUAGACCAAGGUGUGUUUCCUGAAGACUAUGACUUGGUGUUAGGGGCUGAUAUAGUGUAUCUGGAGCAGACAUUUCCACUGCUCCUGGGAACCCUUAGACAUCUCUGUGGACCAAAUGGCACUAUCUAUCUGGCUUCCAAGAUGAGAGAAGAGCACAGGACAGGGAGUUUCUUUCACGAUAUGUUACCACAGCAUUUUCAGCUGGAGCUGGCACAGCGGGAUGAAGAGGAGAACAUUAAUAUAUAUAGGGCUACACACAGGGGAGGCUGAGAGACUCCUCUGGACCUCCAUAACUGGUUCUUCCUUCCUUCUGGUCAUAUACACAUUCCUCUGAUUAGUCCUCUUCCUCUUUGUAUUGGGAAGAAGUGAAGAAUAUUAACAAAUGGAGAAACCUGAAUAAUGACCAAACGUGACAAAGCAUGAUUCCUAGAUCUUGGGCGAGGUGUUCUAUGCUUUCAUUUCCAUGCUUUCUUUGAUUUUGUUCUCCCCAUCCUACUAAUUUUUCUAUUUUUUUAAAGAUUAAUACUGAGUAUCAUCUUGAUGAGGUUAAUGGCAGUGCAAAGAGUUGAGGUGUGGGAAUCCCCUUUUGGUUGGUGCAGAUCCUUCAUGAAUAUGAACCCGAAAUAUUGAAUGGCAAAAGGGAAAUUUAUUAUUUCACUAAGAGGCUCCUUAUAUCUUAGCAAGCAGAUUUCUUCAUGAAGAAAUCUUGCAAAGAGUGGGUGGGAAAAACCUAUUUUAUGAGUAAAUCUUAGGGAGGUUUGAACCUCCCAAUUGAAUGAAAUUAUUUUGAAGGCUUUUGCAGCCUGAAUUUGAAUGGGGAUCCUGCUAUCAAUGGGGGGAGGGUGUGAUUUACCUUAAAAUGGUCUCCCCCUGGGAAAUAUUUUCUUUCCUAGACUCUAUGGAGCCCAGGGCCACCAGGAAUCUCCCUUCUUUUACAGAUCAAAAGGGGACAUCAUUUUAGAGUGAUUAUUUUACAGAUUAAAGGGAACACAGUUUCACACCCCAGUCAAUCUUUUUGGAAAUCAGCCCUAAUGGGACAGCAAUAAGAAGGCUCUCAAUUCCUAUUCUUGGAGGUGGAGGCUGAGUGGGGAAAAGCUUUUACCUGAAGCUUUUUGAAGGGGAAAGUGAAGGAAUUUUUAUGGACUAUUGUGGGUGGUCAGCAGAGUAAUUCCCUUUGACUCUAUUUCUUCCAGAAUAAGUAGGGGCUUUCUUCUUUUUAUAUUUGGAUCCUCAGCACAUAGAACAGUGCUUUGCACAUAAUAACCAAUUAAUAAAUACUCAUUCAUUCUUGUUCUCAA